AUGUCUACACCACAAUCACAACCCCAAGCCGUGGCCCUGGCGGCCGAACCUGAGACGGGAAAUGCAGACAUGGAGAAGGAGAAGGCAUCGCAACCCGGCUUUCCUGGUGGCGAUGGCCCGGACGGUGGUCUUGCCGCUUGGCUCGUCGUGCUGGGUGUUUGGUGUACUUCGUUCUGCAGUUUCGGCUGGCUCAACAGCGUCGGCGUCUUCCAGGAAUACUACCAGAGGGAAUUGCUCAGCAGCUAUUCUCCGAGUACGAUCUCAUGGAUUCCAUCGUUGCAAAUCUUCUUCAUCAUGGGGAUGGGCCCCGUCGUCGGGUACUUGUACGACAGGUUUGGUCCAAGGUGGCUGCUCCUGACAGGCAGCUUUCUGCACGUCUUUGGCAUCAUGAUGGCCUCGCUGGGCACCGAGUACUAUCAAAUCCUUCUUGCCCAGGGGUUGUGUUCUGCGAUCGGUGUCUCCGCAAUUUUUCAACCUGCCUUCAGUUGCAUCCACGGCUGGUUCAAUCACAAACGCGGCGCGGCCUUUGGCAUCCUGUUCACCGGCUCGAGUGUUGGCGGUGUCGUCUUUCCGAUCAUGGUGUCACGCCUCAUCCGCGAAGUCGGGUUCGGCUGGGCCAUGCGUGUUUCCGCCUUUCUCAUGCUCUUCCUGCUGGUCGUGGCCAAUCUGACCGUCCGUCCCUUCUAUCCUCCACAGCCUCAGACGGUCAGCGGCGCCCAGCUCCGCAAGCCAUUUACCGAGACCGACUUCGUCCUCAUCACGGCCGGUUCAUUCCUCUUCAGCUACGGCUUCUUCGUGCCUAUCAACUAUCUUCCCGUUCAGGCCUUGGAGGCCGGCAUGGAUCCUGGUCUCGCGCAGUAUCUGCUUCCCAUCCUGAAUGCCGCAUCACUGUUCGGCCGGCUCUUCUCCGGCUUUGCGAGCGACAAACUCGGCCGAUACAACAUGUUUGUCACCUUCUGCUACCUGUCUGGCAUCUGGAUCCUGGUCCUUUGGCUGCCCGUCUCGACCGAUGCGGCCCUUGUGGCCUUCGCCGUGCUCUUUGGAUUCUUCUCCGGCGCUUUCGUCUCGCUCAUCGCCCCGCUGGUCAUCCAGAUCUCGCCGUUUUCAGAGAUGGGAUUCCGAACAGGCAUUGUCCUGUUCGUCACCGCGAUUGCCGGAUUGACCACCAAUCCCAUCAACGGAGCCAUACGCCAACACUCAGACGGUUGGGUGGGUGUCAAGGUGUUUUCCGGAGUCUUCUGUCUUGCCGGCACUACCUUGGUGCUUGUGGUGAGAAUCCGACGUACGGGCUGGAAACUCCUGGUGCCCUUCUAG